AUAUUUACUACCCGUUGCACAGCACUGUUUUAAUAUAAGUGCGUUCUCGCAUUUGCAGCUAAUUUGUAUAUACAGUGUACAUAGAGAUGAGCACACAACAAACUCGUUCAGGGGGCGGCGGCGGCGGCGGCCGCACUCAAAAAAAAUCAAAUUCCGCUCACAUUGGCGGCAGCGGCGGCGGCGGUGGCGGUGGUAACAAUGAUUUGGGCACCAUCACACAUGCCGCAACUGUGCACAAGAAAACCGAUGCGAACAAGACAGAGAAACCAGAGAAGGCCCAACCGAAGGCCACCACGGAACAGUUGCGCAUUGCCCAGAUAACUAAUAGCACCACAGAGGAUCCGCAGAUCAAUGAAAAGGUCACCCUAUUGCUAACAAUGACCCAACGUUCCGAGGAGGAAGUCUGCUGCGCCUUGAAUGAGUGCGAUUACGAUAUAGAGGCAGCUGCCAAUUUCUUGAUCGAGAUUCUACCACAGGGCGCCUUUGCCAAGUACGAGAAGAAACGCAAGAAUAAGGCUGCAAAUGCUGUAGCGGAUGGCGCUGGCGGCGAUGCCGAUUGGGCAGAUGGUAACGCAAAUGCCGACAGGCGUGAAAAGUCACGCAAUCGCAGCGCCAAUCGCGGUGGACGCGGCGGCACCGACAGUCGCGGCUGGCGCGGCAGAGAGGCCCGUGAGAACGACCGCAAUAUGCGCGAAUCUCGUGGUGGUGAUCGCGGUGAAGAUCGCGCCAAUGACAACUAUCGUGGACAGCGCAACGGCGGACGUGGCGGUCCAGGCGGCCCCGGCUCCGGCGGUGGUGGUGGCCGAGAUGGUGGUCGUGGCGGCGGUUUUAUGUCACGUCCAGGACGCGGUGGUGGUCGCAUGGGUGGCCGCAGUGGCGGCCCGCGCGGUGAUCGUGGCUAUGGCAUACGAAAUAAUGCCAAUAACGAGGAUCAUCACGAGGUUGAGCUGUGGGACAAUACCAUAGCCCAGAAUGCAGAGAAACAGCAACAGCAGCAAGCGCACGACGAUGCCUGGGGUGACUGGAACAAUGAGGAGUACGAGGGUUCACUUAAGGACAGCAAAGUCUUUACUACGAGCAAUCUCAACACUCAGACAGCGGCCAGUGUGGUUAGCGGUGCGGCGCCAACAGCUGGCACCGAUCAGUUAUCAGCGCCGCCAGGCCUCGAGCACCAUCAGCAACAACAGCUGACGGGGCAAGGAUCUCAUCUGGGUGCACUGGUUGGCAGCAGUGAGGAUAACAACAGCAGCAGUUCAGCGCCGUCGGCGGCAGCUGUGGUGGGCUCAUCAGCGACAACGCCGAUGAUGCAGUAUAGUGCGGCGGUUAGUAAUCCGCCGCCACAGCUGCAGUCCGUUGGGAGCAGUACGCCUAGCAGCGUAGCUGGCUCCUCGCCGUACGUCAGCAAUGCGGCCGCUGCUGCUGUUGAUACAUUCUCGAGUGCUGCCUCUGCUGCGGCCACACUGGUGCAGCAGGCACAGCAGCUGCAACAGCAGCAACAACAACAACAGCAGCAGCAGCAGACGCCACUGAAGCCAUCGGCAACACUUUCAGCGGAACAAUCUCAGUAUUUCAACUCGCUGACGUCGCAGGGCGCCAGUCCAACAGCCGCGGCAGCCGCAGUUGCUGCUCAGCCUUCAAUGGCAGCCGUUUAUGGUAGCCAGAGCAAUAGUUCAACGGGCCCGUAUGCCAACACAUAUGCAAAUGUGUUUGCCUCGGCGCCCGGCUCGAACAUUGGCGGCACGCCCAACAGCAACAGCGGCGAGCAGUCGCAGCAGCCGCAAGUGAGGCGAGCGCGCGUUAAGCUUCCGCCCCCAUCGAAGAUACCAGCGAGCGCAGUGGAAAUGCCAGGAGAUAAUGCGCUCAACAAUAUUGGCUACUUGGAUGUGCAAUUUGGUGCAAUGGACUUUGGCACGGACGACAGCUUCGAUGCGCUGCCCGAGAAGUUCAAUGCGGGCGUCAGCAUCGAUGGGCAGCAGCAGCAGCAGCAGGAUGACUACCAGACCAAGUCACAGCAGCAGCAGCAGGCGCUCUCAGCUGGACUACAGAACGCGCAGAUUUUGCAGGGCGAUGCAUUAAGUGCGGCUGGCUAUGCGACACGUUCGACGGGACAGCAGCAGAGCGGCAAUGCUUUGGAUCAGUUGACCAAAAACGAUCCGUACGGCCAGGCGGGCAGUGGCAACAACAACGGUGCAACAUCGUAUCAGAAUGCGUAUCAGAGCAGUGCGGCCAGCAAGGCGAACAGUGCCUAUCAGACGUCAGCGGGCGUUGUACAGGGCUAUAAUAGCUCGAGCUAUGCAAAUGUUCAAUCGAAUAGCUAUCAGCCAUCGAGCUAUGGCAGCUAUCAGGCGAAUGCAGUCAAUUCCUAUCAGCAGCAACAACAACAGCAGCAGCAGCAGGCGGCGAGCGGUGCGCAAAAUGCGACAGGCAGCAGCGGUGCAGCAGUACAAAACAUUCCGAUCAGCGGCAGUGGCAACCAAAAUAGCUCCAGCGCGAAUGCGAGCUCCGCCUAUCUUACAUCGGGUUAUUCAACACCACAAAGUGCUUACCAGUCCAGCCAGAGUGUCUAUGGCAAUACUGGUCUCUCCAACAGCAGCGGGUUUGCUGGCAGCGCAAGCAACUCGUCCUCGCAGUAUGGUAACUUUAGUACAAGCGCCAAGCUUAAGGAUGCCACGGCAGCCGGUGCUGCAGCGCACUACGACAGUGUUUCCACGAGCAGCGGCGUAAGCAGCAGCAGUGCCAGCACGGGCAACGGUGCAGCGGGCGUUGGGAGCGGUGCGACAGGUGCUAAUCAGACAGUCGUUUCGAAUACCAACAACAAUGUGAGCGGCAGCAGUUCGGCGAGCAGCGUUACGGCUGGCGUUAACAGCAAUAGCAGCAAUGUGGUAGCAGUUAGCAGCCAGGGCGGCAGCUCGAUAGCGGGCGUAAGUGUAAGCGGCGGUGUUAGUGGCGUUAAUGCCGGCGGCAGUGCGUCCAGCGUUGGCGUUGGCGUUGGCAACAAUGCCGCUUCUGUUCAAGCCCAAGUUGCACAAACAACGGCGGGCACCGCAGCGGCGGUGCUGGCCACUCUGACCAACAAGAACAGCAGCAGCAGUAAUAGCAGCGGCACCGGCGGCAACGGCAGCAGCGGUGUCACCGGCAGCGGCGGCGCCGUCGGCGUCGGUGUUGGCUCAUCGGCCGGCAGCACUGUCGGCGCCGGCGGUGUCGGCAGCGGCAGCAGCUCAACUGGUGCUGGUGGUGCUGGUGGUGGUAGUGGUGGUGGCAGCAGCGGCGGCGGCGGUGGCAGCAGCGGCUUGGUGCCCACCAACAUCCAAAUGGUUAGUCAAUAUAUUCAGACUGGAUUGCCAUACUAUCAGCAACCAGUUUAUUCCUACGAGGAAUUACAAAUGAUGCAACAGAGAGUGCCACAUGUGCAAGGAUAUUACGAUCUGAACUACACGCCCACCAGCCUGGGCGCCGGUCGCGACAAUCUCGGCUCUGUGGCCUACUCAACAAUGACUGAUGGACGCUUCGCUCGCACCGACAAUAACUCCAGUCCUGUUAGUAAUGUGAGUAUGAAAGAGGUGUCUAGCACAAUGUCGCAACAAGCUGGCUCCAGUGCGCCAAUGCUGAAUGUUCCUUAUGCUUAUUUCUACGGUGGCAAUGUAAUGCCCGGCGGUUUCCAAUACGGCACACCAGCCAUCUAUCCACAACAAAUACCGGCUGCCAAUACAGCAUCCGGUGGCCAGUUCCCAAAGCCUUCGUAUAGCGCUGGCUACGGCUCGACCAGUUAUGAUGCCCUGUCGCAGACAACUCAGGAUUAUAGCAAGGGCGGCUAUUCGUCCAGUGUGAAUCAGCAGAGCAAAACACAAACGGUUUCCAAUCAACCGCAGGCUGGCACAGGCUCCGAUCUGACCUCGUCCAUGUAUGGCAAGGGUCAUGUGGCGCUAAACAAGGUCAAUUCGUAUGAGAAGCAAAGUUUCCACUCGGGCACACCGCCUCCAUUCAACAUGGCCAACACACAGACAGCGGGCGGCACUUCAGCUCAGCCUUAUGGCAUGUAUCUGCCGAUGCCAGCGGCUGGACAUCACAACAUGAUCCAUCCGCCAAUCCAUCAGGACUCGAACAGCGCUGGCCAGCGUCAACAGUCGAGCAGCCAGUCCAAGUCGACCGGCAAACCGAGCUACCCCAAUUCAUAUUGGACCGGGCAGAACUAGCUUACGGAGAAGACGAUUUGGCGGCCAUUGCAGCUGACGACGCUGCAAUCAACAAAUGCUUGCGGCCUGCGCACUAAUAUUAUAACAACAACAACAAACACAACAACAACAACCGUAGCAGCAACCAACACAACAACAGCAACAACAACAGCAGCAACAGCGACAACAACAACACCCAUUCACAUUUAUAAUAAUAAUAAUAAUAUCAGUCAAAGAGCGUUGCCUACAACAACGGCAACAAAUCAGUUACUAAUGCUUGUCAAGGAGAAACAACAACAACAACAACAGCAUCAAAAUGCAACGUUGAGCGAGGAACAACAUUCGUCAGAUAAUGAUGUUAAGGAUUAUCUAGUAUAUGCAAAUGAGAAAUCAUAUUUUACUUAAUAAGAAAUGUUUUUACUGCUCGCCCACGCCCCACACCCCGCGCCCCGUGCCCCCUCUCCAAUUCUCCUGCUCCAAUAGAACGUAACGAACAGUGCAAAGACUUAUGCAACUUUAUAAAGUAUACAAAGCCGCACAUACCAUAUAAAUACACAUACGCCACGCCACACACACAUACACACACACAAACACAUUCACAUACGCGCAUACACAACAACCAAAUACAAAAUACAUACAUACAUACAGCCCCCGCCCACAACAUUUACAUUUAAUAAAAACGAAAACAAAAAACUAUACCAAGUACCAUUUUUCACAUUGCAUACAAAAAUAAUUUACAAAGA